AAAAAAAGAGUAAAAUAAAUAAAAAGUGAAUCUGCCUUUUCGCAAGUAACAUAUCUCCGUUUACAUACUCCAUCUCGCUUGCUCUCGCACACAUAGACAGUCUGCCAUUUUUUUUCUCCAACAACUGCUCCACACCCCUUCGGCCGUUGUGUUUGUUGUUGUUGCUGCCUUUGUUGUUAUUGCUUUGCGCUUAUUUUUAUUGUUUAUGUUUAUUUCGUGUUCUGAGCCCAACAGAAGGUUAAUACAACAACAACACGACAAUCGCAAUUACAAUCACAAUGAAAUGGAAUGAGUGAAAAAUAUAUGUGCAUAUAUAAAAAUUUCGUGAACAACAAGAAAGCAACAAAAUCAACAACAACAUCAACAACAAAAAAAGUCACUUUUUAAGCAAAUUUCACGCCGUAUUUAAUCUAAGCUGACUGCCCGCCUGCAGUUUAAUCGCUGUUCGUCUUUCUUUACGUUCUGUGCUGUGUGCCGUGCCCUGUGCUCUGUGCUCUGGGAGGGUUCUAUUCACUCUCUGCUCUGCCUCUGCCUCAGCUCUCAGCUCCCAGCUCAGCUCUACUCGGCCCGUGUUUUGUGUUCUCUGUGUGCGUUACAAGCGUCGCGCCGUUUGCCUAUCGUUAUCGUUAUCGCCGCUCAAAGAACACACACACACUCAUUUUGAAAUUGAAAUUCAGGCUUCAUUGCUGUUCUAUAUGUCAAGGACUUGUCGAAGAGCAGCAAAAACAAUUUGAGCAGCCGCGCUACAAAUUACGGAUUUAGCUUAAGUUUAUUUGUUUAGCACACAUAAUUUAGACCACAAAACAAUGUUCUCAAUACUGAGCCCCAUCACAACGCUUCUAUUGGCCAGCACAAUAUGCCAGGCACUGCCAGAUAUACACAAACACAUGUCGCCGGAGCAACUGCAUUCAGUUUUCCAUGUGAACACACACGACGCUGUGCCAGAGUAUGAGCUUGUCCAGCUGCUGCAUCAGACUCCGCAGUCGCAGCAGCUGCAGCGCCGACGUCGCAGCAUUGCCAGCAGCAGCAGCAGCAGCGCCUUGCCCAUGCAUCAUGUCAAAAAGGAUCUAAGCAAGAACUCCUACUACAGCGAGCUCAAGCAACACGCCAAGGCAUCCGCUGGCGCCAAUCAGCUGCAAGGCGCCGACAUCAGCGACAUCAAGGCCCACAACGUCUCGUUCAGCGCCUUUGGGCGCCAGCUAAAUCUAACGCUACACGCCACCGAGGGUCUCUUCAAGGGUGCGCCGCACAAUCUGCGCAUGUGGUCAGUGGGCAGUGAGCCCAACGCUACGCAUGGCUUGGAUCUGCAGGAGCUACACAAUGAAGAGCAUCACAAACAUGAGAUCGGCGAAGUGUUUCAAGAUGAGCAAAAUAUGGCUGCCAUUUUAAUGCGUCGUCAUAUGCAAACCGGAGACUUGAUAAUGGAGGGCAGCAUUGGUCACGAUCUGGUCAUUAAGCCACUGCCACAUGAGCUGAGUCCCAGCAAGGAGCAGGCCCAGCACAUUAUCUACAAACGUGAUGCAUCCGCCGCCGAAGAUCAAAUGAGUGAUUUUGCCUUUAUGGAACCGGACGACUUGCUGGCCAGCGAAAAUCUCGAGCGUCUGCAGCGGCAUCAGCGUCGCCGGCGACGCAGCAGCCCCGACUUUGAAGACAUCAAUGAAGAGGACGACGCUGCGCUAGACAACGAUGAAGAUACCCAAACGUCAGAGUCACGCGCACGCCCCAGACGCCAAGCGCCUUAUGUCAUCUAUCCCGAGGUUCUUGUCAUUGUCGACUACGAUGGCUAUCGUCUGCACGGCGGCGAUAACUUACAGGUUAAGCGCUACUUUAUUUCAUUCUGGAAUGGCGUCGACUUGCGCUAUCGUCUGCUGAAGGGACCCAGAAUACGCAUCAGUAUUGCCGGCAUUAUUAUUUCACGCGGUCGCGAUGCCACGCCCUAUUUGGAGCGUAAUCGCGUUGGCCGCGAUGCCAUCGACUCGGCGGCCGCCCUCACCGACAUGGGCAAAUAUCUAUUCCGUGAGCGUCGUCUGCCCGUCUACGAUAUAGCAGUGGCUAUAACCAAACUUGAUAUGUGCCGUCGCACCUCCGCAUUUGGUGAAUGUAAUCGCGGUACCGCAGGCUUUGCCUAUGUCGGCGGCGCCUGCGUGGUGAACAAGCGUCUGGAGAAGGUGAACAGUGUGGCCAUCAUUGAGGACACUGGCGGCUUCAGCGGCAUCAUUGUUGCCGCCCAUGAAGUGGGACAUUUAUUGGGCGCCGUGCACGAUGGCUCUCCACCACCCAGCUACUUGGGUGGACCGGGCGCACAGCGCUGCCGCUGGGAGGAUGGCUACAUAAUGUCCGACUUGCGUCAUACGGAACGCGGCUUCCGUUGGUCCGCCUGCACCGUUCAAAGUUUCCAUCAUUUUCUCAACGGUGACACUGCCACCUGUUUGCACAAUGCGCCACAUGAGGACAGCGCCUUGGGCAGAUCGCUGCCGGGCACGCUGCUGUCGCUGGAUGCGCAGUGCCGACGCGACCGAGGCACCUACGCCUGCUUCAAGGACGAGCGCGUCUGCGCGCAGCUCUUCUGCUUCGAUGCGCAGACAGGUUACUGCGUGGCCUACAGACCUGCCGCCGAAGGCUCAGCCUGCGGCAAUGGCUACCACUGUCUGGAUGGUCGCUGCACGCCACUGCCCUCAAAUAUUAUACCCGACUAUGGCAAUAACUAUCGCUUGGUCUACAAUAAAAUCCACAUGAAAACUGAUGAUGAAGAUGCAGCAGCAGAUGCGAAUAAUAAUAGCAGUGAAGAAACUGAGUCCCAAGAAGAAGAAAGCGAUAAUAUUGAUGAUGAUGAUGGUUUCAACACGAGUAGUGAAGAGCAAGAGGACAAUAAUAUACAACAAAGCGCUGCACCUGUCGCUGCUGCUGCGGCUGCCACUGCUGCAGCAACAACAACCACAACGCCAACACCAAAAACUAAGACAACGACUAGCAAACCAUUUGAAUAUUUGCGACGUUUAUUUAGGCAGGACAGUGACGAUAAUUCGGCAUUACACAACACUCAAAUGCAAUUUUUGCGAAAUGGCGGCGUUGUAGUCAAAACACGCACAAGCAGCAGCGUCAGCAGCAGCAGCGGCAGCGGCAGCAGCAACACUCACACAACAACAACACCCAAAACAACAACACCCAAAACAACAACAACACAAACACCGAAUAUUUUACAAUUCUAUACACACGAGCUACGCAAACAAAUUGAAUACUAUCUUCACUUGCUACAAACACAACAACAACAACAACAUCAACAACAAAAGCCACAACAAAAAGAUCAUUUUGCUAUACCCUUGGUACAAAAAGAAAUUACAAAUUAUAGCGCCACCACCACAAGCAGCAGCAGCAGCACUAGUAGCGGCAACAACAAUAGCAGUGAAGAAAGCAACAAGCGACAACAACAACAGCAGCAGCAGCAGCAGCUAGUUGAUGAGGAUAACGAGGCAAAUGUCGGCAUUGAGAUCAAUGAGGCCAUUGAGCGACAAAAACGUAAGUUUCUCAUACAACAACAAGAACAACCCAGACACUUGACAACACUGCAACAACAACAACUACAAUUGGUUACACCAACAACCGCCUCAACAAUAACAGCCAAGCCAACGCCAUCGCCAUCGCCAACAACCACAACAACAACAACAAGCAAAUCGCUAACAACUUCAUCCAUAUUCGAUGCAUACUUUAAAAAAUUACAAGCACUGCAUUUACCAACACUGGAUGGCGCCGUUACAGCCACCACCACAUCGGUGUCCGCCUCAGUAAGCUCCACAGCAAACAAAUCGAGCAGCAAACAACAACAACAACAGCCGCCGCAGCAGCAGCAGCAACAACAGCAAAACUUUGAUGGCAGCUCAUUUCUAAAACGUACGCUAAAUCGCAGUAGUAUUAAAGCCAAUAAGAAUUUUAGUAGUAAAUCUAGUAGCAAUAGUCAUAACUAUAGUCAACAACAACAACAGCAACAGCAGCAAGAUCCCCAACAACAUCAACAACAACAACAGCAACAGUUGACAUCGCCAGCAUAUGUGACAAAUUACAUUGGCGACAACACCAACAAUUUGCCAACGGUGUUGGACAAUGUCUCAAGCACAACAACAACAACAUCAACAACAGCCAUACAACAACAACAACAACAGUCAACAAGUGGCAAAAAACCCAAAAUUAAAACACAAAAACUGAUACGCCGCACACGAGUCAUGUAAAGUUCAAAGAGGCAACAACAACCACCACAACAA